CAACCAGCUAGCUGUGCUACAGGCUCAGGAGAAGAAAGCUACUCAGCCAGAGAAAUGGUCUAUCGAAAACCACCCAAUUCUUGGCAAGAAGGCCGAAACCCCGGAAACCCCAACUGCCGACGUGCAAGUCAUCAACACAUUCAAGGUCAACGACAUGGUGAUGGCACGCUGGAUCCACGGAGACCGUGCUUUCUACAAGGCGAAGAUCACGAUGGUUAUGGGCUCCGCAGCAGCUCCAAGUUCCGCGUCAAGUUUCCUGACUUCAACAAUGACACGGACAAAAGUCUAGAGUUGGCCGAUAUCAAAGCGUUGGACCCCUCAAAGAAGAGGAAGGCUGAAGAGACAACGGCACCAGCGCCAGUCCCUAUCAAGACACCUGUCGCUACCAACGUCAUCUCUGCGCCGGCCAGCGUCGAUGUCAAUCUCGCCUCUCAGGCCCGACAGGAGUCCAGCAAGGUCAGCGAUGGCCCUCCCAGGCCCGCCAAGAUGGCUCGCAAGGCGCCG